AUAUGAAUUGCUUCAUUGUACUAGCCAUGACACCUUCAAGUGAAGCUCCAGUCAGGGUUGAGGGGACACUACUUGCAAUUCUUGUGUGUUGGUUCCUUGGACUAGGAUCACUAGUUUCAUGGAAUAGCAUGUUGACAAUAGGCGACUACUACUAUGAAUUAUUUCCUGAUUACCAUCCAUCAAGAGUACUUACGCUCGUCUAUCAACCAUUUGCACUAGGAAUAAUGGCAAUACUUACUUAUAACGAGUCAAAGAUUGAUACUAGAAAACGUAAUAUAGCCGGAUACAUCCUCUUUUGUGUCAGUACUUUUGCACUUAUAGUGUUCGAUUUGGCUACGUCAGGGAAAGGGAGUGUCGGAUAUUUUAUUGGUAUAUGUGUUUUUGUUGGUGCUUUUGGAGCAGCAGAUGCUCAUGUCCAGGGUGGAAUGGUAGGAGACCUAUCUUUCAUGCGCCCGGAGUUUAUGCAGUCAUUCUUUGGUGGUUUGGCUGCAUCAGGAGCUCUUACCUCUGGUUUGAGGCUUGUGACAAAAGCAGCAUUUGAAAAUUCAGCAAAUGGUCUUCGAAAGGGAACAAUGUUGUUUCUUGCUAUAUCCACAUUCUUAGAAUUUAUCUGCAUAUUUUUGUAUGCAUUUAUUUUCCCUAAACUACCAGUAGUUAAGUUCUAUCGCUCCAGAGCAGCAUUUGAAGGAUCAAAAACUGUUACAUGUGAUCUUGCUGCUGCUGGCAUCCAGAAGCAAGAAAUUCAGAAUGCUGACAACGAUGCUAAUCCUCAGAGGCUUACCAAAAAACAGUUAUUCUUUCAAAACAUUGAUUACUUAUUGGACUUGUUUCUGAUAUAUGUCCUAACCUUGUCAAUAUUCCCCGGGUUCUUAUACGAAAACACUGGUAAACACCAGUUGGGUUCAUGGUAUCCACUUGUUCUGAUAGCAAUGUACAACGUCCUGGAUCUAGUUGGCAGAUACGUUCCCCUGAUAAAUUUGAUCAAAUUGGAAUCUCGGAAAGGCCUCAUGAUUGCAAUACUAUCCCGUUUCUUGCUCAUACCUGCGUUUUAUUUCACUGCAAAAUAUGGUGAUCAGGGGUGGAUGAUUCUCCUUGUUUCAUUCUUGGGAUUAACCAAUGGUUACCUAACUGUGUGUGUCAUGACUGUAGCUCCGAAAGGAUACAAGGGUCCGGAGCAAAAUGCAUUGGGAAAUCUGCUAGUUUUAUUUCUUCUGGGCGGUAUAUUUGCAGGUGUUGCUCUGGACUGGUUGUGGCUAAUUGGCAGUACGGCUAAAUUUUAA